UAACAAGUCACUAAAAAAAUAUUAUAUUCUUUAACAGAUACCGAUUACAAUAUUCGCUAAUCAUUGUACUACAAUUCUUUGUUUUUUCUUAACAUUUAGUACCUAUUUUUAUAGACAAUAAACUUCAUUGACCAAUUUGGAUAUAAAGUAUAUUUAAAGAGAAACUAAUCCAAACAUAAUGUUUCGUAAUCAGUAUGAUAGUGAUGUUACCGUAUGGAGUCCCCAAGGCCGCUUGCAUCAAGUGGAAUAUGCUAUGGAAGCUGUAAAAUUAGGUUCAGCAGUAGUUGCAUUAAAGAACAAAACACACGCUGCUAUUGUUGCUCUCAAGCGUGCACCAAAUGAACUGUCAGCUUAUCAAAAAAAAAUUAUUCCUGUAGACGAUCAUAUUGGAUUUUCAUUUUCUGGUUUAUUGGCUGAUGCUCGCAUUCUUAGCAAGUAUAUGAGAUCAGAAUGUUCUUCACAUCAAUUUGCACAUGGAGAUAAUCUUCCUGUAAAUAGAUUAAUGAUCAAAGUUAGUAACAGAAUGCAAUUGUGCACACAACGGUAUGAUAAACGCCCAUAUGGAGUUGGUUUACUUGUAGCUGGUUAUGAUGAUAAUGGUCCUCAUAUUUACCAAACAUGUCCUUCUGCAAACUACACAAAUUGUAAAGCUAUGGCUAUAGGCUCACGAUCACAGAGUGCUCGUACAUACCUUGAAAGAAACUUAGAAGCAUUUAAGGAAGCAAGUUUGGAGGAAUUAUUGAAACAUGGUAUGAGAGCUUUGAGAGAUACUCUGCCCAAUGAUGUCAAUCUAACUUCAAAGAAUGUUUCAAUUGCUGUUGUGGGCAAAGAUCAUUUAUUUGAGAUUUAUGACGAAGAAAAAACUCAAGAAAAAUUAUCAUUAAUUGAGGGUGAGGAAAGAAGAGCUCCAGUUCCAACAACCGAUUCAUCAAGUGGUGGAUCUCAGCCACCACAAGACGGACCUGAUGCCCCUCCAAGUGAUUCUGUGCCAGCAGUUGCAAUGGAAACAGAAUAAUUAUAAUACAAUUUAAGCUAAGAAUAUUCAUUUUUUUUUUUUUACUAAUAUGUCUCAAUUGAUUAAAGAAAACAUUGGUUAUAA